UAUCGGCAAUACAUUGGUUUGCGUAUCUAUUAUAUUGUCAGAUAAAACGGAGAAAGCAUCAAUUCAGAUUCAGUACAAAUACAAUACGCAAUUUUAUUAUUGUUAGUCAACAUCUAUUGAUUUAAACAUGAAGGUUUUUGUGGCUGUAGUGGCAUUGUCAGCAGUCAUUCUUUUCACAUCCCAAACAUCAGCUGAAGAAGCGAACACUAAAGAUGAAAACAUCGAUCGCUCACUCUACGGUUUUGGAUUCGUGAGACCUUGGUUCAUACUGGGCCCUUAUUAUGCUGCUCAGCAAGGCCACCCGAGACCCAAUGGACAAGCUGUAGAAGCCAAAAUUGAAGCUGGACAAGCCAUUGAACCCCAAAGACCAGUUGUAGAAGUCAAAAUUGCUGGAAAAGCUUUUGAAGCAAAACAGGCAGAAGAAACAAAUGAAGACAAAGUGAUGGAAACAUCAGGGGGUGAUGGUUUGGAUGGGUUCCGUAGGUGGUUUUUCAGGCCCAUCUACAGACCCAUCUUGGUUGGCAGUAUCCUCGCCAGUCAGGGCGGACAUACUCCUGGUGGAAAUGAUAAUGUAAAUGGUAAUAAUGGUACAGUAGUGAAUGCUGAGUAGGAAAUAGGUAACAUAUAAUAUCAUCUGUAGUAGUAAUUUAGUAGGAACAGCACACUUAUGUAAAAUCACGUGAAUAAAUAAUAAAUAUAUUUGGGCAA